GCAGUGCUUGGACAAUUGGGCAGAAUGCAAAAUUUGGUGCAACGAGUGGCGAAUCUGAAAGAGGACACAGGUCAUGUGACAAGGGAGUUUGCAAUGAAGGAUCUUGGCCCUUUACAUUAUUUUUUGGGUAUUGAAGUUCUGCCCUUUUCUGGUGG